CUCUCUCUCUCUCUCUCUCUCUCUCUCUCUCAGGAUUAAUGAAAGGCGUCAAUUCUGCGGAACGAUAGGAUUUGGGCUCAUGCAAGUUUCUUCUUGUGGCUUUUGGUCUGUUGGAAAUAGCAGAAGUUCAGGGUAAAACUUUUCUCUCUGGUGGGGAUUAUGCUCUGUCACGAUGUGGCAGGUCGGCGGGAUCCGUGGCUCUUAUCUGUCCAAACUACAGUCCGUGAGCGCGCGCUUCAUGGCGAGCUCCCGGUGCUAAAUGAAAGCUCGGUAGUAAACUGGAACAGCGGCCAGAGACAGGUAGAGCUGUCCAUUUUCUGUCCAGCAUGAACAGCAUGUCAUGUGUAAGUGUUGUCAUGGUUAUCGCCCUGCUUUGGACGAACCUCUCUGACGGCCAGCUCACAUUGGACCACAAGAAGGUUGUUCCUAGACCCAUGACCCUUGAGACUCAGAUUUUGGACAGUGACUCUUCUGGAUCAUGGGGCUCUUGGGGUCCAUGGGGUGAAUGCUCUCGCACUUGUGGUGGUGGCGUUCAGGAGAAAAGCAGGCCAUGCUUACGCACGUACAGCAGUCCAUCCACAGUUUAUCCCUCCAGACAGGGUCCUCACACGGGGCAACAGGAUCCAAGUAUUGUCAUAUCAGCAUUAAGACCUUCUGUCCCAGUGCAUCAUGGUAAUAACAGGCCUCUUCCUGAAGCUCAGGGGUCACAACAUACCAGUCACGUGGAGACAAGAAAGCAGCAGGGUGAAGCACGGCCUGGGAGGAGACGAGGCGGCAGCACUCGGAUCAGCCCGGGGAUGUACGGUUAUGGGAAGAUGCCGUUCAUUGUCUCCUCGCAGAGAGAUUCUGGACAAACUGUGUACAGGGAGCGAAAAUCUCGCUCCCCAUCCAACCACAGAUACAACAGCUACAGACAGCAGCAGAAGAAGUACAGAAAUACUCAGCAAAGUCCCUCUCAAAAUACCCAUCACAGUAUAACAUCCUGGGUUCCCCUGCACCAGCCUGGCUUGGGUCUCCAGUCCCCGGGGAAACAUCAACCUCCUGGCACACUGACGUCAGGUUUUAGCCAAGCUUCAGCUCCUGGGAGACCUCAUAACACACACCUACUGCCAGCUUCCUCCUGCUCUGGAGCUGCCAGUCAGUACAAGAUCUGCAACAUGAAUUCUUGUCCUCCUGCCAGCAGGAAUAUCAGAGACAUCCAGUGUUCCUCCUAUAACAAUCACCCCUUCAUGGGCCGUCUCUAUGAAUGGGAACCUUUCAACGAAGUUCCUGGAGAUCAGCUCUGUGAGCUUAAUUGCCGUGCGAUCGGAUUCCGUUUCUAUGUCCGCCAAUCGGAAAGAGUCAUCGACGGGACUCCGUGUGGACAGAACGGGUCGGCCAUCUGCGUGGCUGGGACAUGUCAGAGUCCAGGAUGUGAUGAGCUUUUGGGUUCAGGGAAAGUGCUGGAUAAGUGUGGCGUGUGUGGUGGGGACAACACCGCGUGUCGGCUAGUUUCUGGACUGUUCCAGCACAGCCUGUCUAAAGUGGGCUACCACAAGAUCGUGGAAAUCCCACAGGGAGCCACCAGAAUCAAUAUAACUGAGAUGGUCAAGAGCCAAAACUACCUUGCUUUGCGGAGUCGCUCUGGACGUUCCAUCAUUAAUGGAAACUGGGCCAUCGACCGACCUGGAAAGUACGAAGGAGGAGGGACGAUGUUCACUUACAGACGGCCCAAUGAGAUCAGCAGCACUGCCGGAGAGUCCUUUUUAGCAGAAGGGCCAACCAGUGAGAUCCUGGACGUCUAUAUGAUAUACCAGCAGCCCAAUCCUCAAGUGCACUACGAGUACGUCCUUCCUUCUGAGAACCCCGUCAUCACAGCCAUUAACACUGAGGAUGGUAACACCGUGACCGGUGGAGCGGGACACGAUCAGUAUGGCGGAAGGCCGAAACAGGAUGGACACGAAGGUACAGGUGGGCACAGGACCCCACCUCAAUUACCUGACAACCAGGUACCACCUCGAAGGCACAGAGAACACAACUGGAAACUCACGGGCACGACUGACUGCACCGUCUCCUGUGGCAGAGGAAUCAGGCAUACUAUGUUCGGCUGUGUUCAUCGAGUCACUCACGAGCGUGUGUCUGACAGUCACUGUGACAGCACUACUAAGCCCAGCCCACAGGAGGAGCCCUGCAAUGUCCAGCCAUGUCCCGCAUUCUGGGAUAUUGGCGAGUGGUCAGAGUGCAGUAAGACAUGCGGCCUCGGCAUGCAGCACAGACAGAUCCUGUGUCGUCAGUUUUACAUCAACCGCACCCUCACCGUACCAGCCAAGCGCUGCGAGCACCUGGAGCGUGCUGAGAGCAGCAGCACCUGUCAGCUGAAGAUCUGCAGCGAGUGGCAGAUUCGCUCGGAGUGGAGCUCUUGCUCCAUGCCCUGCGGUGUAGGUCAGAGAACGCGUGAGGUGCACUGCGUCAGUAACGUAGGAGAUAUUGUGCAGGAUGAAGAAUGCAAUAUGAAUCUUCGUCCCCGUGACAUCGAGAACUGUGACAUGGGGCCGUGUGCUAAGAGCUGGUUCUACACAGACUGGGGUGAGCAGUGCUCGGCAGACUGUGGCAUUGGUGUGCGAAGCCGUAGUGUUGUGUGUCUCUCGAACCUGGUGAGCAGUGUGCCUCUGGAGGGCUGUGGUACGGAGCGCCCCCCUCAGGCUCAGCCAUGUCACAAUGGGCCGUGUGAAAGCCGUACCGAGUGGUUCACUGGGCCCUGGGGUCAGUGCUCAGCGGCGUGUGGAGCAGGCAGCCAGCAGAGGACAGUGGUGUGUAUGCUGAAGUCUGAGGAGAACUAUAUGGUGAUGCCACUCUAUGAAUGCUCUUCUCUGGAUAAACCUCUCAGCCAACAGAGCUGCACUGUGAAGGCCUGUGGAGCCAAGUGGUACUAUACUGACUGGAGUGCAUGUUCAAAGACAUGUGAAGGGGGAUUUCGUGUGCGGGAAGUUCGCUGUCUCUCUGAUGAUAUGAUGCCGAGUGAAGGAUGUGAAGAACAGCUGAAACCAGAGGACAAAGAGGAGUGCAGCCCUGGACCCUGCGUUCCACAGAUUGAUGAAAAGUGUCAAGACAAAUAUUUUAAUUGCAAUGUGGUGGUCCAGGCCCGCCUGUGUGUGUACGAUUACUAUAAGAAGGCAUGCUGUGCUUCGUGUGCGCGAGUGGCACAGAGACAUUCGACACACAGGAGCUACAGAUAG